AUGUACGCGGAAAUCACAUUCCGGAUGUGGGAAACGGUAGCUACAUAUACCCUGGAGAACAUUGAAUUGGAAUAUGAAUCCAUCGACAACGCUGAGUUGGCGAAAACUGUGGAAAGUCAAUUUGACACUGGACGGACGCUAUCUUUUGAACAUGUGACUUUGUUGAAAACGGUAGAAUGGGAUAAAGACGAUACUCUGGUAAAUGAGACGAUUAAUGUUCCACGGAAAAGUAUGAAAGCUGUUGUAAUGUUGUUCACAAACAAAACAAAAACCGACAGUGAGGAAUAUGUUUAUCCCAACAUUGACAAAGUUAGUUACUAUCGAAGGAGUUCCGAACUCUGUUUAUAG